AUGCAGGCUGCUGGCGGCAAGUGCAUCACUCUUGUGGUGGCUUUUUACGGCUUCCCUGGUCAGCCAGAUGCCACAGCCCAGGCCUUAGGUGAGGUUAGGCGUGCAGCUGCGACCUUUGGGGGCCCCUACAUCUUGCUCGGCGACUUCAAUGUUGACCAGUCUGAGCAGGCUGUGGUGCAGCUGUUGUGCGAUGGCGAGCUCCGGUCUCUGGACGAGGCGGACUGGACCCAAGCCGGCCCAACAAAUCCCACGCGCACCCGGCGCAUCGAUUUUGGCUUGGCCCAUUGGUCCAUCAUUGCGUCGGCUGUCAUGCAGUUCGAGCGCCCGAACCUCUCGGACCAUGGGUGCGUCUUCUACGAAACGCGGUGCCUGAGCCGUGCCGACAGCUUCUCCAUGCCUAAGUUUCGUGUGCUCCCUGCCACGGCCACUGAUGACAUCUUGUCUAACUUUGGUAGGGUCUGGGAUGCCGCACACUUUGAGAGUUCUGUUGCAGCUGGGUCUCUUGAUGAAGCCUGGGCCUUCUUGUCAGACGUGGCCGAGCGCACGCUGGGUGCCACUUCGCUCUUUGAUGCCUCCGGUGCCCGCAGGAGCGACCACUGGCUCCCUUGUGCCCGCCACGAGUCACACCAUCGUGUCGGCCCCCAGGGUCAUGAGUCCCAGUCCCUUCGUUCUUCUCGCAAGUUGCUUGGGCAAUUGCACCAACUGCGGCAACAGCCCCACUGUCAGAAGCUGUGGCGUGCGGUGGGCCGUCGGGCUGGGCUCCUGCGUGCCAUUUUUCCCGACUUGCCCGUGAUACAUGCUGCCAACCUUGAAGGUGCCACCCAGGUGAUCUCUCAUUUGCAUGCCGAGCUUCAGCAGCAGGAGACGGAGGCCAGAGUGCACAGGUGGCGUCGCCGUGUUGAGGAGGACCCUUCUCGUGCCCUCGCUUGGGUCAAGCGCAAAGCUGACCAUCAGUUGGCCAUGGAGCAAUCUCCUCAGGCCCCUGCUGGUGUCCCUUCCUCUGUUCACCCUGCCUCUAUUGUCGAGGAGCAUGGCAAAGUGUGGCUGCAGCACUGGAAGCCGGAGUCCCCUGUCAACUUCGAUGCCGUGCAGCGCAUCCUUGACCGUGUCCCGGGCGGGCCGCAAUCGGACAUCGUGCUCCAGGUCGAGGCUGAGGCUCUGAUGCGGGCCACCAAGGCAAUGCGGGGGAAGGCGAUGGGACCCGACCGAUGGUCGGCGGAGCUUCUCCUCCGCCUUCCUGUGCAGUGGUGGGAAGCGGCGGCCACUUUGUGGAAUGCGGUGCUCUCCACGCAGUACGUCCCUCGACUCUGGCGCCGGGCACUGAUUGCCCUGGUGCCGAAGCGCCUGGAUGAGUACCGCCCGAUCGCAUUGUGCCCGGUCAUCUGGCGAGCUGGUGCCCACUGCAUCUCUCGCAAUUUGCUGCCGUGGAUGGACACGUGGCUGGGCCACCACACUUUGGGCGGUGCACCAUGUCGAGGCCCGGGCGACGCUCAUGCCCGGCUUUUUCAUGCGUGGCAGAGCGGCUGCAAAGUCUUUUGCCAGCAGGACCUAACGCGGUUCUUUGACUCACUUGAUGUCAAGGCGGUGGGUAUGGUGCUUCGGCACCUUGGUGCCCCUGUUGGCCUGGCUGAGCUCUUAGCCUCCUUCUACCAGGAUGCCUCGAGGCUUUUUCUGCACGAGGGCCGGUCCAGCAGUGCAUGGGGCAGCCCGGCGCGGGGCCUGGCGCAGGGAUGCCCUCUCUCGUCUCCAAUGGCCGCGGUCGCGGUCGGCCAUAUCUGGGCCAUGUGGGUCCAGUCCUUUGCCAAGGGACGCACCGACUGCCUCAUCUUUAUAGACGACCGUGUGCUGUGGCCUUCCUGCACUUGUGUGGACCCCCUUGGGGCAAUGGAUGUGGCAUUGAGGGCUUCUGACUCCUUCGACCAAGCCUUCGGUUUCCAGUGCCGUGCCAGCAAGUGUGCUGUGGUGUGUCCACCCGACGUCGGGACUUUCGAUCAGUGGGCCAGUGCCAGGAGCUACCCACGCGUGACUACUUUAAAGGUGCUGGGCAUCACCCUCGACAUGCAGGAGGGUGCCCUGGGGCUCCUUAAGUUUAGCCCGCGUCUGCUCCUGCAUCGCCUUCGUUUCCUCAAGCUCCUGGGAGGGGAGGUGCCCCAGCUCCGCCGCGUCGUGCUGCAGCUGGUCCACUCGGCCAUGUUUUGGGCCGGUGGUGUCGCUUGCCCGGAUCGCGACUGCUUGCGCGACGUCUGGCACUCCACCUGUGCUGUCCUGCAAAAGCACGCCACCUUCGAGUCUCCAAAAGUCUUGCUGUGUGCCUCCUUUGGCUGGAUGUUGGACCCUGAAUGGGCGGCGGACUGGGCAUCCCUGCGGGCUGCCUGGCGGUUCAAGGCUCGGCCCCCGGCAUGGCUCGACACGGCUGGGCUUGAUGUUGCUUGUGGUGACUGGCGUCGCUUCCUCCCUGGUGCGGCGGCGGUUGUGCAGAGGUUAGGCUGGCAGGUCCACGGCAAUGGCGCCACCCUGGCGCGAGUCGACGAUUCCGGUGCCCUUCGUCAGUGCCACCUUGGCUGGGAAUCCUUUGAUGUGGUCAAGCGCUGGCUGGUGGACCGCUACAAGUGGCGGGGUGUGCACGCCUGUGGGCGGAUCCGAAAUUGCCGCCAUCGUGAUGAUGCGACUCUGGCCCGUGGCCUCAGCUUGGGGGCCCCACUCCGCAGUGCCCGGUUUGCGCUCGAAGGCCACCGACUCGCAGUUGCGGCUGAGCCUACCCGUGAAGUUCGCCUUGCAGCACUGGGCUCGGGCGGCUCCAUUUGGUACCACUGCAAACGGCUGGAGAUGAGCUCACCCGACACCACGGCGUGUGUUUGUGGCCUCGUGCAACCUAGCCGAGCGCACCUCACCUGGUGUUGCACCUCAACGACGGAAUUGCGGCAAGGUCUCGCACCUCCCUCCACCCGUGCUGGUGAACGGCUCUUUGCAGCCGAAAUCCCUGAGUACCCUGCAGCUCCUGCAGCUUCGGACUUUGAAAACACCCUUCAGAGCAUCGUGGCGCAUCUUCGCAACUUCGCUACUGUGGGCGAGCGUCUGCUCGUCGCGACCGAUGGCAGUGCUAAGUUUGACAUCGGCGGCUGCGCCGUGAUCUUCGAGAGCGGUGAUGGCACCUUCGUCUUCGGUGAUGCAUGUGAGGAUCAAUCGGCUUUUCGAUGUGAGCUCCUCACCUUGACGACCCUCUUCGAGGCGAUCUCUCGUGCGCAGUUGGCUCCAGGCUGUCAGGUGGGCAUUCUGGUGGAUUGUAGCUCUGCUCUUCAGGCUGUGGCCCAACCUGGGGCGUGUUCCAUGCCUCUUCUGGCCCACAAGGCUGCGAGGCUGCUGCGUGAUGUGCGUGCCAGUGGCUUGGACCUGAGGCUUUCAUGGACUCCUGCACAUGGCCGGCGGCCCACCUGGACUGCUCCCUGGGGUCUGACUGCCGCCCGCUGCAGGCACCUCAAUGACCGGGCCGAUGCGGCCGCAAACAGCAUUCGCGAACAACGAGCUCACGGCUCGUGCAGGGUGAGCUGGCAUGCUGAGCUGCAUCGUGCCGCGAUAUGGGAGCGCGGGGCCAUCUUGGCUUCGGCUGGUGCUUCCAACGUGCUGGCGCAGCAUCUUCGUACAAGGCGGCCGGCCCGUAUCAUUCAAGAUGAUCCGUGA